AUAACAUUAAGUUUGAAAAUCAAUUCCCCAAUACGAUUGGUUGUUGGAUCAAAUACAGCUUACCAUAUAGGCAGCCUCAAUUUGAUUCAUGUUUAGUUACAUACCUAUCUGCCAAGAAGCGUCCUCCGAUCAGAUUGACGACCAGCCAUCAUGCAGCCUACACUGCUCACCCUCUGCCUCAUGGCGACCCUGUACGGUGCCCAGGCUCAGACCGCCAAGCCUUGUCCAGCCAUCGAUUAUGACGCUGUGUAUGAUUUCCAGAACAACAUCAUAGUGAGCAACCCCAAUGUGGCAGUUGUAUCGGCCCCUACCGGAACCGGAUGUGACACACAAGCCGUGUUUAAAAUCGCCCUCGGAGACAUCAACAGGAAACGGGUGAUCGUCGACCUCUUUCUGUUACCCGGCGCUAGCGGCUGGAACUUCAACUUGGGAGAUUCCAAAUCCAACAACGGAUACGCUGGUGACAGUGGCAGCCAGUCCAAUGACGCGGAAGUUCAAGGAGUCGCCGGUUCUAUGGCCGGCUACCUCAGCGACUAUGGAGGCAGUGGUCAAGCCUUUAACGCCCCUAACCUCUACAGCACCCGUUUGACGCUCAUAGCCGGUGACGGCCACCUUGUGUGGUUGUCAGACAACAACAACAACUUCAACUACUACAACAGCCCCUACUGGUUCGCCCUCAACGGCCAGGCCGACUCUACUGGACCUGUAAACAACGACCUCUACCUCGCGGCCAACAGGGUCAUCUCCUACACUUCUGAUCGCGUAGGGAAGGGUCUGUGCAAGAUCGGCAUCAAAUUCCUCCCAGCUUUUUAAUGGAUUCAUUAAUUCAUUUUCUAAAACCUGACCAAAUUUUGGCAAUAUCUUUAUGAAUUAACUUUACAUUAUAUUCGUGUAUCAAUGUAACUCUUUCUAC